CAGACCCCUGUUCCCGACCUGCCCUGUGCCCUGCAGGCCUGCCACAACAUCACUACAUUCUGCUUUGCCUUUGUGUGCUUGCGUGGCCAGACCCUGCAAGUUUCAGGGUCCCUGGGUGCCCCUCAGUCACAUGCUAAGAAGUAGAAAAUCUGGUCAGAGACUGGGAAGGCCAGUGGAGACCAGAAGGGGGUACUGUACGGUGAAGGAGUUAAAAAUCAGGCUUUUUUACGCCCUCCCACGACUUGCGUCUGGCCGGCACCUGUGGUCUUGCACGCCCCCCUUGAUUAUGGACACCUGGGCCCAAAGAGCCAUGGGCCUCUGCAUGUAGAAGGCGCACACCUGGGCCUAGAAAAGAGGCAGGAGAGGACACAGCAGCAGCAUUCUGAGGCUGCAGAAUAAGAUGAGAACGCCAGGGAGAGCCCAAGAGAGAGCAGAGACCCAUUAGAGAUACUUCAAGAACUGCUCAGCCCAAGAGUAAAGAGAAUUUGUGAAAACACAGAGCUUUACCCUGAGAGGAGUGCAGAAGUUUUCAUUAUAAGGAUUCUGCAGUUUGCUAAGCAGCAGAUUCUCCUGGCAUGAACCACUGCAAAUCUCCUCACCACACAGAGACCAUCUUUUGUGUCCUGCUUGGCCCAGCAGAAUUAAGAGGAAGAUUUGUGAGGCCUGGAGCCUUCCAUCAGGUUUGGAAGAAAGGAAAGUGAAUGCAGAGAUGCCAGAGUGCCACUGAGACCAUGGACAAUCCCACACUCACGCUUCUGUGUUGAACUUUAAGAUUUAUGUGUAAUAUGCUGCCUCUGCAAGAUGAAAAAAAGCUAAUGCCAACAAGGCCUAUUCUUCAGUAUUUGGAGUAGACGUGCUCUCAAGACAAUGGCUUCAAAAGUCUCCUGCUUAUAUGUUUUGACAGUUGUGUGCUGGGCCAGUGCUCUCUGGUACUUGAGUAUAACUCGUCCUACUUCCUCCUACACUGGCUCCAAGCCCUUCAGCCACCUAAUAGUUGCUAGGAAAAACUUCACCUUUGGCAACAUAAGAACUCGGCCUAUAAACCCACAUUCUUUUGAAUUUCUUAUUAAUGAACCCAAGAAAUGUGAGAAAAAUAUUCCUUUCCUUGUUAUCCUCAUCAGCACUACCCACAAAGAAUUUGAUGCCCGCCAGGCAAUUCGAGAGACUUGGGGAGAUGAGAACAACUUUAAAGGGAUUAAGAUCGCAACUCUCUUCCUCCUGGGCAAGAACUCUGAUCCUGUUCUGAACCAUAUGGUGGAGCAAGAGAGCCAAAUCUUCCAUGACAUUAUCGUGGAGGACUUUAUUGACUCCUACCAUAACCUUACCCUCAAAACUUUAAUGGGGAUGAGAUGGGUGGCCACUUUUUGUUCAAAAGCCAAGUAUGUCAUGAAAACAGACACUGACAUUUUUGUAAACAUGGACAACCUUAUUUAUAAACUACUAAAACCUUCCACCAAGCCAAGAAGAAGGUAUUUCACUGGCUAUGUCAUCAAUGGAGGGCCUAUUCGGGACGUGCGCAGUAAGUGGUAUAUGCCCCGGGACAUGUAUCCUGACAGUAACUACCCACCCUUCUGCUCGGGGACUGGCUAUAUCUUUUCAGGCGAUGUGGCCGAACUCAUUUACAAGACCUCACUCCAUACAAGGCUUCUUCACCUUGAAGAUGUGUAUGUGGGACUGUGUCUUCGAAAGCUGGGCAUACAUCCCUUCCAGAACAGUGGCUUCAAUCACUGGAAAAUGGCCUACAGUUUGUGUAGGUUUCGUCGAGUUAUCACCGUGCAUCAGAUCUCUCCAGAAGAAAUGCACAGAAUUUGGAAUGACAUGUCAAGCAAGAAGCAUCUCAAAUGCUAAGAUUUUUACUGAUGUAAAUACAUUUCUUUGCUUUUUUUAAGAAAUGGGGCCUGGGGUGUUGAUAUUUUACAGGUGUCACCAGGCGAGAUGAACUGGUGAGGGGUUUUGUAAAAAGUUUUUUCCUUUCCGUUCUUAGUUCCUUUCUUGGAAUUGCAAAUGUUAGACUCUGGUUAUAGAAACAAUACAUGAGUUAGAAGGACCAGGUCUCAUCCUCAGGUCCUAAGGCAUUGCUAUUGAUCUCAAAAAGCAACUUCCUAACAACUGCUAGGAUUCACAUACUAUGUAUCUGAGAGAAAAAAAAAUCUGGUUCUGGGAAACUGUAACAGUAAUGUCUUCAUAUCAUCUCUGCAAAAAAUAAGUAAAUAACUUUAUCAAAAACAAUUCAGAAAUGCACAGUCAGGAAGACUUGCUAGAUGUGAUUAUUAAUAUUGUAUGUGCUGUUACAUUGAAUUUUUACAUAUAUUACCAUAUAAUGUGUACAGUAUCUUUGGUUCCUCCAAGAGAUGAACUUAGUACUGGCAGGAGGUUGCAGUUAAAAAAAUGGAAAUUUAAACCUGAGACUCAGAUAUUCUAUGUGUUUGGAAGACAGCUCUGCUUGCUCAUCCAAGGAGUAAACCUAGUCAGUAGGUGGAAUGUAUAUAAAAUGCUGCUUAGCAAGGUAAACAAGAAAUUUGGUUUUUUGCUCUUUCAGAACAAACAUUACCUGGUGCCUCCAAGGAGACUUUGCCAAACAUAAUCUCAUCUGUUCCCCCCACACAGUGUCGCUAAAUGCAUUUUACAGUAUCUGGCUCAGAUAGGCACAUGUGUAGAAAUAAGUUGGUAAGAAGCCAGAACAACAAUAAAUCACAUGGAGAAAAUAUGAAUUUCUGUAUACAUGAUAAUUAGCAUAAGUUUAGCAAUAGUAUAAGAUGCCCCUCCCACACAUUUACAUUUGCAAAACACGUGAGAAAAUCUCUUCGUGGGUACCAAUACUAUCGAAUGAGUUAGCCCUGAAAUUUAUAGAUACAAUAUUCUCUAGCAUCCUAAGCACCUAAGUACCUCUAGCAGCGAUGCUGUUGGGAGGUGUUCUGGAGAUUUGGUGAUGAAGGUUCAGGAGAACAAAGGGUGGGGAAGCUUGGGGUCAGGGCUCAUGGAUGCCAUUGUACUUACUGGGUAUGUGAGCAAGAAUCUCCUACCUACUGUGCUUCAAUAUGCUCACUUAUAAAAUGGCUGGAAAUAACACCUACCUCACAGGUGCUGUGAGAUCAAAUUGCAUUUGGUAACUCUUCUGAUGCCCUUAGUUACAAGGUGCUACUUCAUGCAGUGUAUUGGGCAUUAUGCUACAUGCUAAAAUUAUGACAGUGAUGGUCAUCAGUGGUAGUAACAUCUUAAUAUAAAUUCUACCCCCAGAAUAUUUAAUAUGAACUAGUAGUGUAUCAGUCCUUCAAUGACAUUCACUUUUCCUUGGAUAAAGGUUAGGUGUUGGGGAAGCUUCAGUUUCUCUGUCAUUUCGUCUGGUUUCAAUGAAUACAUUAUUACUUCAGUACAUUGCCUUGAUAUUCCAGGGUGCUGAAAGUGGAGGCAGCUACCUUUCUUUGGGGAGGAGCCUCUGACUGAGGAUAUAUUGUAAUUGAAGUACUUGCUUUGCAAAAUGUGUCACAUCAACUUAGAUCUCAGGAAACAUUUCAUCUGAAUUGUCAGUGAGAACCUUGAGGACAGUUUUAAGUGAUCCACCUCUAUCAGAAGUGUAGCCACUCAGCAAAGCCACACACUGACCAUCUACCAAUCAUUAGAAAACCUGUUUCAAUCAAAGAAAGCCUCACAACUGAAAGAGUACAGCUUUUUUUUUUUUUUAACGUGACUCUUCAAAGCCCCCGUGAAAGUUGAUAGGAAACAGGUUGAAAAAAUGAAAUGGAAAUCAUGGACUAUUUCUUGAAAAUAUUGGCUCUGUCAUCCCCAGCCCAAAAGAACCCAAUAUGACACAGCCCUUCUUAGCCUUUAAUACAUUUUCAUCUUAGUCAGCAGGAAUGCUGAGUUUGAUUAGAAAACGGUAUUAGAUAGCCUGGGGAGAUAGAUCCACACAAGGUGAGCCACCUCCCACCCCUCCCCCUUCGACUGCUGUGAAUUCCUAUCACUUGAAAAUUCCUGAUUUUGUACUUGGCUCGUCUUUCAGUUAUGCAGCAAAUCAAGUGUCUGUCUUAACUAUCAUAUUGCGACUACCUUAUGCUCGGUCAAGCCACCUUUGGUGUGAAGGAAUUGCACAUUAUAAGCAUCAUACAUAUAUGUACAUCGAUGAAUUGUUCUGUGUGUGUGUAUACAUAAUGAAUAGAGCCCUAAUCGUUAAACAGAGCAAAAAUCAGAGCAUCGUAUGUCUUAAAGAACUAUUUCCUAACUCUUACGCUAGGUAGUGCCCAUGUGACCAACAUAUAAAUAUUCAUCAGAGACCAUAUGUAUAUAUUUUAAAGACAUUUUUUUCUUCUCCCAAAUUGUACUGAUAGCUAGAAUCUGCUUGCUAUGUAACAUUUUCUUCUGCAUGAAACUUGGUGAGGCAAGGCCAUUGGUUCAGUGUUUCAACAGCCUAAAGCAUGUUUGCCCUUUGUUUUUUGAAUGUUCAAAAAUAUUUACGUCGAGUGAUCCAGAAAAACUAUAAUUUUAUAUUUUGUUAAUUUCAUGGCAUUGGUCAAAUUAUACUGUCAAUCAUUUAAGUCAUUUUUUAAAAGUUAGCAUUUCUUUGACAUCAGAUAUUUCAGAGUAUUGUACCAAGAGUCAUCCAGGCAAUUUUUACAAAACCUUCUGACUGUUCCCCCCACCUGUUUUGUUUAUUGUGUAUUGGAAAACAAAAGGGAACAGUAAUCAAUUUUUGUAUUCUUAAAAUUUCUUUUUUUGAAAUUUCUUUUUGGAUAAAAAGUUUUAUUUUUGGUGUCUAGUGUUUGCGGCUUUGUGUCUUCUUACAUUAGAGCAAAUGCCAGUGUCAAUAUAUAGUGGUGUGUUUUUAAGUAACCAAAAUCAAACAUGAAGAUCAUUUUCGAUUUGGAUUAAAUUCAAAAACAACAAAACCCCUUUAGGUGGUAUGACAUGGGGAAAAUAAACUCUUUACAGAGAAGUCAAGGAAGGAAUUUUUCAAUCAAAUCUCUUCUAUCAAAGACAACGGAAUAUUUGCAUUAACGCAUCGGGGAUUCAUUUUCUACCUUUCCUAAUCUGUGGGUUUCGUGGGGGAAUUGACUGUCAUUUCUUCUGUAAAGGUGAAGAUAGUUUUUAUAAGCAGCAGUAACUUGUGAAUGAAAAAAGUAAUUUACUAGAAACGCUUGAUGAUAAUUGACAUUUAGGUAUAUUGUUAUAUAUGAAUGAUUGUAUUUAUGUAUUUAUUUGUCAAAAUUGUACAUACUAUUUCGCCAAACGUAAUUGUCUGUAAAAGUGCACUCUCCAGGUUUGUAGUACUGUUUAGGGUUACAUGGGUUGCCAAACAAGCUGCUAAUCAGAAUACUAUUUUUUUGUAUCAAUGUUAUAAAAUUGAAAAUUGACAAAUAGAUGCUGAGAUGUCUUAAAUUCAGUUUUUUCACCUUCCUCUUGAAACAUUAACUGUUGAUUGAAAGCACGAUGCUAAUGUAUAAGCCCAUCUGUCAUGAGGAAGAUUAUGGUUUCAUAAAGCUGAUUUUUUAAAACAUUGGGACAAAUAAACAGA